AUGACGAUUACAGACCCAGAACAAUACCCCCUCCCACCAACUAACAAUGUACCCAACAAUCCACUCCCCGCCCUAGUCUACCGCAACGUCCUUCCCACCCCAUACACUUCCGAAUCUGCAAAACAGCUCUGCGAAAGCCAUGGCUGGGAGAAACGCCUAUCAUACAAGGCUCAUCCCGCCUCGUCCUCGGCCGUCCCAGACCUAUCGACGGUGUCGAAGGCAAAGGAGGCGUGGAAUUCGACGUGA